AUGGCACCUGUCACUUUGCAUACUGACUCUGUGCCUUACUCAUUCCAAUAUAAAUCCAUUGCUAAAGACCAAAUUAGAUUCGGUGAAUAUAUCUUUCAAAGAAUCUUAUCUUGUGGUACUAAAUCUGUAUUCGGUGUACCAGGUGAUUUCAAUUUACCACUACUAGAAUAUUUAUAUGAUGACAGUAUUAUCAAUCAAGGUCUUAGAUGGAUAGGCACGUGUAAUGAAUUGAAUGCCGCUUAUGCGGCAGAUGGAUAUUCUCGCUAUUCUCAAGGUAUCGGCUGUUUAAUCACUACAUAUGGUGUCGGGGAAUUAUCUGCUAUGAAUGGUAUUGCUGGCGCAUUUGCUGAAAACGUUAAAUUGUUACAUAUCGUUGGUGUGGCAAGAUCAAUAGAUUCUCAACAUGAUGACUUUAAACAAAGAAAUUUACACCAUUUAGUACCACAAUUGAAUGAUUCAAAUUUCUCUGGUCCAAAUCAUAAAAUUUAUUAUGAAAUGGUUAAAGAUCGUAUCUCUUGUUCAACUGAAUAUUUAGAAAAUAUCGAUACAGCUUGCGAUCAAGUUGAUAAAGUUAUCAUGGAUAUUUACAGAUAUUCUAAACCAGGUUAUAUUUUUGUUCCAUGUGAUUUUGUUAAUAUGAUGGUCGAUACGAAAAACUUGUUACAAAGACCAAAAAUUACGUUCCAAGAUUGUAUAUUACAGGAUGAUAAAUUGAAUCAAAUUGACCAAAUUACAAAUUUGAUUCUGGAUCAAAUCUAUUCAAGUAAAUCACCCGCUAUAAUUGGUGAUGUCUUGACCGAUCGUUACCAUGGUAAUAAAUUAUUAAAUGAAUUUAUUACAUUGACCAAAAUAUGGAACUUCACCACUUUCAAUGGCAAAUCAAUUAUUAAUGAACAAAAUCCAUAUUACAUGGGUCUUUAUAAUGGUAAUGAAGGUGCAGAAACCGUUAUUGACAGAUUUUUGAAAUGCGAUUUAAUUAUCAACGUCGGAAUUGACAUUAAUGAAAUUAAUCAUGGACACUAUACUUUCUCAUAUCGUCAAAAUGCUAAAUUAAUUGAAAUGCAUCCCACUUACAUCAGAUUAUAUGACACUGGGUCCCAUGAGGAAACACUCUUCAAGGGAAUCAAUUUCAUUCAUGUUUUGAAACGAAUGUUAAUCAAAAUUGACAUUAAAAGAUUUGAUUUUGAUUAUGAUCCAUCAGUAACUAAAUUUGACCCAACCAUUGAAUUAAAAUUCCCAUCAGCUGAUCCCGAUAGUAAUAAGAUUACCCAAAAUUUCUUGGCACAGAAUGUUCCAGAUUAUUUAAAUGAUGGUGAUGUCCUCGUUGUGGAAACUGGUGCAUUCCAAUUUGCAACUAGAGACUUCCUACUACCAGACCAAUUGAAAUAUAUUACACAAGGAUUUUACUUGUCAAUAGGUACUGCAUUGCCUGCAGCAUUAGGUGUAGGCAUUGCCAUGCAAGAUUACCCUCGUUGUCAUCUGUACGGUAAAAUUCCAGAAACUUACAAUCCAAGAUUGAUAUUAAUGGAAGGUGACGGUGCAGCACAAAUGACUGUGCAGGAGCUGUCCUCUUUUAUCCGUUACAACAUCCCCAUUGAAAUCAUUCUUUUGAAUAACGACGGUUAUACCAUUGAAAGGGCCAUUUUGGGUCCCACAAGAUCCUACAAUGAUAUAAUGGCAUGGAAUUGGACAAAGAUCUUCGAAGCGUUAGGUGAUUUCGAUAAUAAAGCAACCGUUAACACCACAAUAAAGUCACCAUCAAAGCUAUUAAAUAAAUUUAAACAAUUGAAAAAUGAAACGGAACGUAACAAGAUCGAAUUCAUUGAGGUCAUUCUAGGAGUCCUGGACUACCCAGAGCAACUCAAGUCCAUGGUCGAAGCUGCCAAAGUCAAGAAACCAAAGGCCUAG